GACUGUGUAAAGCUAUCACAGUGCUGCAGGGUACCUGUUCCCAAUGAAGAUCCAGAUAAGAUGGAUGAGCUGAGGAUCGUCCUGGUUGGAAUGACCGGAGUUGGUAAAAGUAUUUUAGGAGGCAUCAUCCUGGAAGACAAAGAAAUAUUCACUUCAGAGGAUCCUUCUGAGGAUGGCACAGAGGCGUGUUUUAAAGGAAGCAAGACCAUUAACGGUCAACUAGUGGUUGUUAUUGAUACUCCAGGUCUGUCUAAACAAGGCCCAAACCAAGAGCUUGUGGUGAAGGAGAUCAAACGGUCGAUCAAACUUGCUGAACCUGGUCCUCAUAGCUUCCUGUUUGUGGAGAGAUUCCAAAAAAUCAGACGUGACGAAAUAAAGGCACUGCAGGUUUUUCAGGACACUUUUGGCAAAGAGGUAAUGGCCCGUACUGUGGUGGUGUUCACUACAGAUGAAGAAGUGAACAAAGAUGAAGUGAAGAAAAAAAUUGCAUCCCUCACUGAGCAGCCUGAUCAAGCGUGCUUUGCUUUUAACAUUGAUGAUAUGGGACAACAAAAGUCUCGAGUCAAAGAGCUGCUGGAGAAGAUAACAGAGAUGAAGAAAAAGCAGAAAAGCAUCUACACCCCUAAGAUGCUUCAGGAGGCUGAAAAAACUCUGAAACACCAGCAAAAGAAACCAAGAACAGAAGAGCAGUGGUCCUUUUUCUAUGAUAGGUUUGGCCUGUAUGGAACAAUUGUCGGAAGUGUGGCAGGGUACUUUAUUUGUGGUGGUAAGCUGACGCCUUCAACAGGAGCUGCACUGGGGGCUGUAGCUGGGAUGAUACUGUUUAUGGGAAUAGCAUUUUUGGUGGUACUUGCUAAAAUAAAACUUCAGACAUGCUGCAAAUAGAGUAUAAACACCAUCACUCAGUUUAAUUGGGUUGUUUAAGCUGAUCAGAUCAAAUCUAUAGGUCCAGAAAACCAUAAAGGGGAUGGUUAUAGUUUUAGUUAUUUUACUUUAUUUUUGACUUUUCAUGUAAUGUUUGUUAUUGUAAAAGUUUUUUGUUCAGUCGGCUUUUGAUUGGAUGUUUGGGAUCCAGAUGGGAUUAACUGGGCAUUUACUACAGGCUACUUUCACAAGUGUGAAACAAACCUGAAAUAAAACGUCAUCAUCAUGUCAGGUGUGGAUAUAUGAGACGGGAAGUGUGAUCCACUUUGAGAGGACCAGAUGUUUGUGUGCAGACAGCUGUGCUGGAGUCUCUGAAAGAGUGUGUGGGGCGCUCAGCAGACAUUAGUGUGAGGAGGAGAGUCGGCCGUGGUGUUUGGGUCUGCUGCUGACGUCUCAGAGCCAGAAACUACCUGAUACCAUCAGCAGAUAAAAGAUUGGAGGCUCUGAACUCUGAGCUGGUGACUUUAUCAACACUACAUCCAGCCUCAGCAUGUAUCCUAAAAAUCACCAAGCCCAGCUGUAUUACUCCUCAUUGUGCACACUGACUAAUAAUAUUUUUACCAAUAAUCCAGAGAAAAUUAUAGUGAUUACUAAUAAAUGACAUCACUGACCACCUGCCAGUAUUUAUAAUCUAUGAUGGCAGUUACAAAAAAAAAAAAAUCUCCAAAAAACUUUUGAAUGGGUUAUAACUGAACAGGAUGGACUAAAAAAUAAUUUAUUGGAACAGGUCUGGGAAACAAUAUAUAAUGAAACAGAUACUAAAUUUGUUAAGGUAUUUAAAUUAUUGUAUGAUACAAAUUGCCAAUUUAUUAGAAAACACAAAUAUCAGGAUAAGUUGUGGCUGCUUAAAAAAUGCAUGUAAAAGAAAAAUGUACAGAGAAUUUAUAAAAUAUUGAAGGAGCUGUAAGUAGAUAUAGCUCAUUGCCUCUGGCUCUCUGGACUCUUGCACUUUGGCCGUGGGGGCUCCGUCUGGGGUCUUCCUCCUUCCUCCUCUGUGGAGUGCACACAGUUGCCAUCAGGAUGUGUGGCCUCAGGUCUUCUGAGCUCCUGGGCUGUGCAUGGCCUGGGUCCUCUGGGUCCUUUCCUAUUCCCCUCUGGAUCGCGGGGAGCAUGGUUGCAGUUUCUUGCCCUCAUU